UUGAAGGAAAGUUGGUUCAUCAAACAGAUGCCACUGCCACCUCUGUCUCCCACCCUACUAAAAGUCUCUCUCUCUCUCUCUCUCUCUCUCUCUGCAAUUACAAAGCUUCAGCAUUUCUCACUUCCCACCGUAAAUUGCAACCCUAAUUCCCAAAUCUUGUCUCAACUGAGAAGUAAUCAUGUGCUCAUCUUGUGCCACCCCGUAUUCCUCUCUCUUCCUUCCCUCUUACACUUCCUUCCUUUUGCGACGUCGUACUUUCUCCCCAACCCCAAUUCUCUUGAAGCCCAAAGCCACAAGGCCUAGACUGCACCUCUCUGCUUCACUCGCCCAGAGAAAGCUCGAACUUUCAUGGUUCCCUCCGGACCAAACUGCCAGCAACGACUAUGGCGGUUGGGCUCAUGUAGAGUCUCCGCUUCAACACAAAAAUCCAGGGUUGCCUACAUUUGUGAUUGUGGGUAUUGGGGCUUCACUGGCUGCGAUAGUCGCUGCAAUUGCUUACUUCUCGCUAUCCAGAAAGGGUUUUAAGUUUCAAAUAACGAGUCCAUUGCACACUUUUCAUGGGAGUCCUGCUGAUACCAAACCAACAAACCAAGGAGCAUUGGGUGAGGAUGCCAUGAUCUCUGAGGCAAGCCCAGAGACUGUACCUACUUCUGUUAGCCAAAAUACUACUUCAGCAUCUACGGAGAAGCUUGAACGCAUUAUAAUCCCAGCUGCUGUGGAUUCUACUCAACAGGAAGCUCUACAAGUCUUGAAGAAAUUGAAGAUCAUUGAAGAUGAUGUCAAGGCUGAUGAAUUGUGUACUAGAAGGGAGUAUGCAAGAUGGAUAGUUCGAAUAAACUCGUCAUUGGAGAGGAAUGCAAAGCACCGGCUUGUGCCAUCAGUUUCUCUUGCUGGGUCUGCAAUUACUGCAUUUGAUGACGUGAGUGUCGAAGACCCAGAUUUUGGGUCCAUUCAAGCCCUGGCUGAGGCUGGUGUCAUUCCCAGCAAGUUAUCACAGAAGAGCUCCAAUUAUGAUGGUCUAAAACACCAUGGAAACAUCAAUUUUUCCCCUGAGAGGUUUAUCUCUCGACAAGAUCUAAUUGACUGGAAAGCCCAUUUGGAGUAUGACUUUGUGCCAGGAGUAAUAGAGAAGAUAUCAACAACAACAACAGUAGGUUUUAUGGAUGUGAAAGAGAUCGGUUCAGAAGCACCAGCAGGACUAUAUACUGACAUGUUGGCAGAGGAAAAUAGCAUACUCAGAAAAGUUUUUGGACAGUGCAGGCGGUUUCAACCAAACAAACCUUCAACAAAAGCACAAGCAGCAGUGGCAGUGGCAAGUGGCAGGAUCACAGAAGCAAUUUCUUCUGAAUUGUUGAGAAUAAAAGCUGAAAAUUCUGCAAGGAAGGCAGAGAUGGAAGAUAUCAGGUCCGAAUUGCUUGACAGAGAGGACAUACAGAGGUUUUGGAAUGAUAAACUGAAUGAAGAGAAAACCCGUGGUCUUGAGGUGGAGAAGGCUUAUCUUGCUGCCCUUAGUGAUUUGGAGCAGGAGAAGAUUUUACAAGAAAAGAAUUUUGCAGAGAUUUUGAAGGAGAAGGCAGCUAUGGAAUGUCAGAGGCAGUUACUUCUCAGUCUCAAGGAAGAGGUCAAUGAGAUAUCAGAAAAGCUUGCAUCCGAGAGGUCUACUUAUGUAGCCGAGAAGUGUGAUUUGCAGGAUAUGCUCAGUGAUUUGGAGACCAAGCAGGAAAGUAUGCUUGAUGCGAAAUCUAUACUCGAAGCUGAGAUAGAAGCUAUUCGGAUUCUUAGAUCUUGGGUAGAGGAUGAAGCCAGAAAAAGCCAAGCCCGUGCCAAGGUACUCGAGGAGGUUGGACGAAGGUGGAAAUGGGAUAGCCAGGCGUGACCAUCCGUGGCCCCCAUUGACUAGUUAUGUAAAAUCACGAGUGGAGGGAUACACAAGGAAUUUCUGAUUGUUUUGCUGUGUACCAGGAUUUCCUUGUACAACUUUCGAAGGCGGAAUGCGACUGGGAUGAGGAAUUUUAAUAAAUUUGUGCAUAAAGUAUAGUGUUACGCAUUGAAGAAAAAUUAUCAAGUUCUGGAAAAUAAUGCGAUAUUCAUUUUUCAUUGUCUUCCAA